AACGUUUCAGAUCUGUAGUGAUGUGGAAACACGAAGAACUCUAACAGACCUACACACACGCAGGUCCGUUUCACCCGUUUCUACUUCAUCAUAGUGAUGCCGGGAGCUCUGCCUCCUCAUCGCAGCAGAAACCCAUUCAACAAACAUCGACUUCAAGCCGAGUCGGCAUCUGUCAGAGGAGUCAUGAGUCGGGGGUGUUAGUCUCACCUCUUCAGGAAGCUUCUUUAUGAAUUAAAGUACGUCAGAAGUUUAACUUAGAGGGAACCUUGAAAGCAAGACAAGAGGAAGAUCUACGGAGAUCAGAAUGCAUGGUGUUGAGGUGAGCAGUUGAGUCCAGCUCAGAGGAAAACCGCCGCCAGAAAAGACUCAAAAUGAGCUCAUUCAGCUCUAGUCCUAGUGAGGAACCGCUGACGCCCCCGCCACUGACCACGCCUCCUCGCAAACCUUCGGUCCGCCUCCAGGAGAGGCGGGGCUCUAACUUGUCUCUGCUGUUGGAUGUGAGCAACCUGGGAGUGGAGUCAGUUUGUUCUGUGACCACGCCCAAGGAGGUGUGGCUUCAGCUGCUUCAUACCUCCUCCCGAGCGCUCACACAUGCUCAGUUGCAGGAAGCUGCAGCAGACACAAACGCUCUGAACGCAGAGUACCAGAAGAUUCCUCCGAACUUUGUGAGCGCAGCCGAGCUCGACGUUCCCGGACACACGAUGAAAGACCGAUACAAAACCAUCCUCCCCAACCCAGAGAGUCGAGUGAUCCUGAAGAACCCGGAGGAGGAACCGGGACCGGAUCGCUACAUCAACGCCAACUAUGUCAGGGGCUACAGAGGGACUCCGAGGGCCUUCAUCGCCACCCAGGGGCCGAUGCUGCACACUGUGGGAGACUUCUGGGACAUGGUGUGGCAGGAGAGGAGCAGCAUCAUCAUCAUGGUCACCAAACUGAAGGAGAACAAUGAGAAAUGCGAGCCGUACUGGCCCCGGCCGACGGAGAGGACGAGGGUAAAGGAGGAGGAUGAGAACCAGAAGGAGGAGAUUCAGAGGGAGGGAGAUGGAGUGGAGGGGGAGACGGGUCGGUUUGGCAGGUUCCUGCUGAGAGUCAAAGACAGCCGGGAACAAAACGGCUUCACCAUCACAGAUCUAGAGAUCCAGCUUAACUCUGAGCGCCGUCCUCUCAGACACUACUGGUUCAGCUCCUGGCCCGACCACCACAUCCCAGAAUGCAUCGCUUCCCUGCUGAAACUGGUGGAGGAGGUGGAGACGUACAAGAAGUCUCUGGGACCGCCGGCCAGCUCUCCUCCAAUCACAGACGCUGUGCCUGGACCCGGGCCAAUCGUCGUCCACUGCAGUGCCGGCAUCGGGAGGACGGGCUGUUUCAUAGCCAGCAGCAUCUGCUGUCAGCAGCUCAGAGAGACGGGACACGUGGACAUUCUGGAGACGGUGUGUCAGCUCCGACUUGACAGGGGUGGGAUGAUCCAGACCACAGAGCAGUACCAGUUCCUGUACUCCACACUGGCCCAGUACAGCCUCCAGCUGCAACAGAACCAGGACCAGAACCAGACCACCACAGUCCCACAGAACCAGAAGAACCCUGAGGACCAGGUCAGCAUCCGGCUGCAGAACGUCCGGCUGCAGAACUGAUAGAAACCCAGAACCUGGAUAAGUGUCAGCGCCCUCAGAGAAACUGGAGGAAAUCAGCGCAGCAGAGAACCUGAGGGCAGCCUAUUGGACACCAGCAGAGGACAGAACCGACUGGGGUUCCAUCCGAAUACCCUUAAUAACGGCUCCUAGCUCCUAGCUCCUAGCUCCUGCUCCUUGACCUUUCACCUUUCCUGG